AUGGUAUUAUCUAACACGAUUAGAGCUAUCCUAGAUAGUAAUUUCCAAAGAAUAGCCAAAGAGACUCCAUUGCUUGAACUUUUAUUCGAUCUAAGAACCAGUACCGUAUUUACCAAGGAAGAAAUUGCCAGCUUAAGACAAUGUGAUAGUCUAAGAGAGAGGCAUCACCAGUUUCUAGUUCUAUUCAGAACAAAGACCGAUGCAGAUUUUCGUCAGUAUUACAUUUCCUUACAGAAUCAUCGAUCUAAAAAUGUUCAAAAAUUCGGUCAGCGCUUAGAAACUGAAGCUAUCGCAGCUUUCAAACAGCCAGCUGAUGCUACAUCUCAUUUGAAUAUCAGUAAUGAAAGUGAGAUUGGAUACAGAGAUCCCAGACCCUAUUUUCCAGUCGUUGCUGAAAUGAUUGGGAUUAAAUGGAUGAAAUUAAGCAGAACGUUGGACUACGAAAUCCCAAGCCGUUUAAUCGAUUCUGAAUGUAAAUCACAGUGUGAUAAAGCUGUAGCUGCGCUCAAUAGCUGGUAUGAUAAGCAUGGCCAAGGUGCAACAGUAAACAAACUUAAGGUUGCUUUAUAUGAAAUUGGCCGUAAAGACAUUGCUGAAAAAAUUGGAUCGUCAAAAGAUGAAACUACAGCAGCGAGAUACAGUCGAAGAAUUUCUAUACCAGAUACUAUGCAGAUCAAAGAAUAUUACUUUACUUACGUAAAGGCCCUGAAGCGAGGUCAAUGUCAGAGUGAUUUCAUUCGAAUUAUGUUUAUUGGUCCGGAAAAUGUCGGCAAAACUACAAUCAUGAGAAUUUUGAUCGAAGAAAUACGAGUAUAUCAUUCAGCAGCUACGCAGGUUGUAGAAAAUACAGGUAAGAUGGUCGACUUUUCUACUUUUAAAAUAUAUGAUGGCACGCAGCAAGAUUACUUUGAAGUUUUAAAAAGAAAAAUUCAAGGUGCAGUUGAAGAUUACAAAGAAAAACAAAUCGACAUGCCCAAUUUUGAUGAAAUUGAAUCUUUAUCUUCUCCACGUAAUGAAACAAACCGUGAUGAUAAUGAUAAUUUAUCAGACCAUAUCAAGGAAACCAAAGCUCAGCGUCGUCAAAUCAUUCGUAAAUUUUUUAAACAACAUCUGCGGUUGACGGAAAAAUUCAACAUUGAUCGAAAUCAGUACGGAAAAUUAUGGGAUUUCGGUGGACAAGCUGUAUAUCAUGUAACACAUCAACCCUUUAUUUCGGGUAAUAGCCUUUAUAUUCUAGUCUUUAAUAUUGCCGAAAGUAUAGGAAACAAGGUGAAAGCUCGAGGAGGAAAAGAAGCUAGAGAUACUUAUCUUGACAGAAUUAAGGAAUGGCUCACAUCAGUUAUAGGCUGCAGCAAUAGUAAUACUGAAAUAUCAGUAAAACGGAAUAAUCAAGCCGCUGAAACAUAUAGGUUACCAGUUGUUAUUUUAGUAGCUACACACGGUGAUGAAAUUGAAGGAAAGCAAGAUCCUAUAGCUACCUUUGAUGAAUUUACACACAAAUUGGUCGAGCAGUUACCAUCAUAUAAAGCCAACAUAUGUUCAUCUCGAAUUAUUUUUGAUUGUGGAGAAGAAAAUUACAACACCUCUGCAAAGAUUGAGGAGCGUCUCCGACGUCGCGAAGAUUUACUCAAUAUCAUAAAAACAUUUGCCCAAGCCUUGCCCUUCGUUAACAAGCCAAUCCCUACUAAGUGGUAUUUCAUGGCUACUUUAUUACAUAGCCAAGAGAAUGGCAUCAAGAAUAUUAUGACUACAAGUGAAAUCAAGGAAGUAGCUAUCGAUUACGGACUAUACGAAAGAAAUAUGGACAGUGUAGAAGAUGAUCAAGAAUUAAUCGAUAUGUUACUCUAUUUGCAUGAUAUUGGUGAAUUAUUAUUUUACCGAGAGGAGAUCACAAAAGAAAAUAUUGUCAUUACAAAUGUGGAAUGGCUAGUGAAGAUUUUUCGUGCCUUAAUUGUAUUAGAGGGAAGUAAAACUAUCACCAGCGCUGAUACUUUGGAAGACUAUAAUAUCGCUUACACUACAGGCAAGGUGUCGAAAAGGGUAUUUGAUAAUGCAUUAAGUCCUUUUAACUUGAUAGAUGAUGAUAAAGAACGUGUUUUGAAAAUUAUGGAGCACUAUAAUAUUAUUUGUGAAAUUAAGGUCGAUGUUGCUUCUAGCAAUUGCAUUCGUCAGUUUAUUGUUCCAUAUUUACUACGUCCUAAUGUGACUUUUACGACGAAUAAAGAAGAAGAGUAUGUUUCCGGCGCACUGUUCAUGGGAUUUAAUAAAUCAAAUAUACCAUAUAUAUCGGAUGGCAUCUUUUAUUGCCUCGUGGCGGCUUGUAUGAAAAAGUGGAAUAAUCAAUUUGUCAAACUGUGCUAUAAAUGUGCAAAAUAUUAUAUACGUCAAAGCGACUAUUAUAUGAUUAUUAAAAAAAGCGAAUCUUACAUUAGUUUGGAAUACUCGUAUCAGAUAUUAAAUGAGAAUGAAGACUUGAAAGUUAGACAAGCAAUCGAAGUUCAGCGUCCACAAUUUUUCAUUAUGGAUACUUUUAAAAAAAUUAUUAACGAUAGAAUGCCUAGAUUUCAGGCGGCUGACUGCUCACUGUAUGUGACUUGCUGUAUGUGCGGAAAGUUAACAAGUCAGUUAAGUCAUGAAGAUCAAGAUCAUAAGGGAAGAAUCCGCUGUCAAAAAUGUAAUUUCAUAUUUGAUUCGCCAUCACUUGAUCAAUGGGGUAUGAAAAAGAAAGAUAUUAUCAAGAAAGAAGAACUGAGCUCAGAAAAGGCUGUAAACUUCAUCAAGUGUUUCGACAUAAUAGCCGAAAAACUGGAUCAGAAAUGCUUGUUCCGUUUUGCAACGAAACUAGGGCUGGAAGUUAAAGAUAUUGAUGAAAUUACGAUGAACAGCUCCACCUCUUAUGAUAAAGUUCUCAAAGUGCUAGAUAGGUGGCACCAAAACUUGGGUUCAAAGGCUGAUAUUUGGCAGGUUACUGGCAUUCUGCGAAAUAUUGGAAAUGUUUUAGCUGCAGAGAUAGUGGAAGAGCAUUUAUGUAGUCAAAAUUGA